AUGACCUCCAAAUCGCGGACGAUGAAGCAACUCAAAUGGAAGGCCUCUGGCGACGCUGACAAAGGCCUCAAUGUUAAUCACACUCACCGUAUCAAGACAUCCUAUGGCUCCGGACUCGCCGCCUCAGAGACCGUCCCAUCGGGAUCAGUCAUCCUUAAGCUCCACUCGCCAAAUCUGCUCCUCGUGGAAAAGGAGAGUCUUUCCAGGGUAUGCUCAUUCUGCAUGCGCGAGUCUCAGACCAUGAAACGCUGCAGUGCCUGUAAAAUACCACACUACUGCGGAAAGGCUUGUCAAAUCGGGCAUUGGCGGGAGAUUCACGGCCGGGAAUGUGCACUCUUAAAGCAGUUGCCCGAUGUACCGCCUACGGCUGUCAGAGCUCUGAUUGUGAUGUUGUUGAGAAAGAACAGUGAAUCAGAGGGUGAUGAGGAGAAGGGCUGGAAGGCGUUGGAGAGUCAUGUCGGGAAGUUGCAAGGAGAUAGGAAGAGGUGGGAGGAGGUUUUGUUACAGGCGAGGGCAGGGAUCGAGUUUACGAAGUCCCGGGUAGAGCGGAUGGAAGAGGCUAUCAUGUAUCUUUGUGUGUUAUCAACAAAUGCCUUCCGGAUCACCCUACCAGACAACACGCCUUUCGGCAUGUGUUUUUCUCCCACGCUUGCUCUUGCCAACCACUCCUGCAAACCGAACGCCAUUAUAGUCUCCAAUUCUCGCAGUAUCUCUCUUAGAGCUUUGAGGCCUAUCAAGAAGAACGAACAAAUCUUCAUCUCGUACAUCGACCCCACUGAGGACCUCCCAUCCCGGCAAUCAAAGCUCAAGGAGCGCUACUUCUUCACUUGCAAAUGUGACAGUUGCGAGAAGAACGAGAAUCCUUAUGAGGCUUUUUUAACAUACCAAGAAGAGAUUGGAGAAGAAACAGCCGAUAAGAGGAUGGAUAUGUUUCAUCCACAGCAAUAUCUCGCGAAAUCAGCGCAGAAUAUGGCUACCAUUCUGCAACAGAUGCCAAUCGUCAAGCAACACCAAAACCAUACAUGGAAAGCUAGUGCUCUAUUGGAACAGAGCCAGAAGCUUAGCGAAGCCAACAAGAGAUCCCGGAUCUCCACUCUUGUCCAUGCUGCCUCAUUGUGCGAUCCGCUGACCAGCGAGAAAAUAUAUGCCUUGGCGCCCUAUCCAGAGAUUCUCCACGAGCUUUAUCUAGCAUAUGUAGAUGCUCAAGCCUUCGUAUUUGCUCUUAUCACUCUGCUACACCUAUUCCUCGGCGUCGAUGUCUUCACAUACUGUCAACCUCACCACCCCGUACGUGUCGUUCGACUCUUCACCAUUGCCAAGCUCUUGAAACACAUCGCGUCGCUCUCGCCGACCGAGCUCCUCCAGGACAUCAGCGGAGACAAUACGUGUCCGCGCGGAGAGGCCUUGCAAGGAAAGGAGGAUAUUGCGAAAUCUGUGCAGAGUAUGGACAUCAUCAAUGCAUUUCAUGCUAUUAUGAUUCUGGUGUGGGAGGAAGCGAAGAAGAGCCACGGGGAUGAUAGUUUAUUCGUGGCGGAGGUUGAGCAGGAGAUCGAGGAGGCCGAGGAAGUGCAGAAGAGGAGGGGACCGAUUGGGGACAGUCUGAAGAAGUGGAUGGAGGAUGUAGAGGAUGCGGAAGGGAGCAAGCAGGCCGAGAAGUGUUUUGCCGGAUUAAGGACGUUAGCAGGGCUGUCCGAGAAGGUCUUCCGAUCAUAG